AUGACGAAUGAUACGUUACCGAUCAUAAAAGAGGCUCAUCACCCAUAUUUUGAUGUGGACAUCUCCCAUGGCCAAACUGAGAAUGAUAUGUCCACAUAUUCCAAAUUCCUAUGUUUGUAUACAAGAAACUUGUAUUCAUAUGAACUAUAUUGCAUCCAGGACAAACAGAAUUGCCAAUUUACCGAAAACUGGGAGGAAUUGAGCAAUAUUUUGAAGCAAAAGACCGGAAAAAUCAAUGAGCAUGGUGUGACGGAAGUCGAGAUAACUGCAGAAGAAUCCCACAGAAUGACCCCAUUCCAUAACGUUGCAAUUAAGGUAUCUGAAUAUCAGAUUGGUGAUGAGAAUCAAAUCAGGGGUGUAAUUACCACUGUUGAAAAUGAGAACUCGUUUAAUACCUGGUUCAUUUAUCACAUUCUAUGCAAAAUUCAUGUUGGAUAUAGCUCUGAACCUAGCGUGCAAUCUGAGGUCGACUAUGCAGAGCUUUUCACCCAGUACUUCGAAAGAAAUUUGAAGAAUACAAUUCAGGGCGAUGAAUGGAUUACAAUGAAUGGUAGACAAUAUUUUAAGGAAAGAGUUUGCUAUUUCACAUCCAGACAUAAAAGAAUCGAAUGUAUUUUGCCAGCGUUCCCUUGUAAAUCCUCAAAUUUGAAAAAGGUCCAUGGUGACGUCCCAGAUAAAGGAGAAGAGUUAGCCUUUGUGAAUCUCAUCAAUGCAACCAAGGAAAUUUCUAAAUUCUAUCCUCCUGGGAUGAAAUUAUGGAUUGUUAGCGAUGGGCACGUCUUCAGUGAUUGCAUUGGCGUAGAUGAUGAUGUGGUCGAUUCAUAUACAGCUCAUUUGCAUGGUCUUUAUAGAUCAUUAGCAGAACCAGGUACUGACGCUAUAGGAUUUGCUGGUUUGAAAGAUCUUUUCUUUGAAGGUGAGAGUAGUGAAUCAUUUGAUCCCAGAUGGGUUGAGGAAAUUGAACUACCACAUUACACUGGCACUAAGAUCUGUCCUGACUCUGAGUUAUCAAGAAAGAUAUUGAUGAAGGGAUGUGACACUGAAAACGGGAGAUUGAAGAAACAAUUAAACAUUCCAGAUCAUCCAAGAUUGCAUUUGUUUCGAGGAUUUUCGAAGUUUAUGACUGAAGACUUAUGUCUAUUACCAUUUUUUCAAGGCAUAUCGAGGAAAGGCUUCAAAAAGGUCGUUGCUAAAGUUGCCUUUGAAAUGAUCAAACGAAACGACGCUUAUUCGAACUUAGUAGAAUUAGUUUUUCCUCAUCAUAUGAGAUUAUCGAUUCACGCACAUACCAAUAGCGGACCAAAAUUCGGAAUUAAAAUCAUUUCACCUUUACAAUGUAAAACAAUUAGGUCUUUAGACAACGAAGAGGAACCAACUUUCGAAGAUUUGUUGCAUAUUCCUACACCAUGGCACAAUUGUGUUGUCAAAAUUGAAGAAAAUGAGCGCUUCUAUUUGACUAAAACCAAAACUGUGAUGGAUGCAAUUGAAAACGGUAAUUAUGAAGGAACAUGGGUAAAAACAGAUGUGGAAACUGGAGUUGGUGGCCAUUAUUUGCUCAGAAGGGUUCGUAAGAUUAAUAAGAUCAAUUAA